AUGGGUGCUGCGGUGUCGCUGCUUGAAGAUCGUAUCCGAAGUGGACUCCUGGACUCGCGCCUGGCUGACAUCAAGCAGACAAAGAAGACCCGUGAGAUGGAGCUCGCGCUGCGGAUCGCAACCACACGGGAAAGGCUCCUCUGGGUGGCGGCGUACUAUGCCUUCGUGGGUGGUGUGUCCCUGGCUCGGAGUGCCACCCUGCGAUGGCAGGGCAUUAGGCUGCACUGGGACAAUGCCUUCCUGCCCUUGAACAUUACGUUCUUCUGCAUGCCGCCCUUCCUCUUCACCUACCAACUAGAUCUGGCAUUAGCACCGGCACAGCUUUGGGGGCUGCCUGUUGGCGGAAAGGCCAACCGCAUUUCGGAGGAAGCGCUGGCAAUUCGAGAAGGGUGCAGACAUCGAUGGUUCAGCUGCCCCUACUUGCCGGAAGUAGACGACGGCACGCUUUGGAUUCACAAGCCGGUUUGCUUGCCCGUGGUUUUCGAGCACGCCUACCACCGAGAACGGGCACUGAGCAAUAAAGCAAGAGAAGCCAAAGG